ACUCAUUCUAACUUCAAGGAGCAGACGGAGGAGACGUGAAGUCUGAGGCUGUGCUCCUGGAGCUCCUCCUUCAGCCCCUCCUUCUCCUCGUUACCUGGCACCUGCUGCUGCCUUAAAAGCCUGGGAGGCUUCACUCAUGGGGGUCGCUAAGCAGGGCUGGCCGCAUGGCUCCAAUUCACCAGUCUGAUUACCAUUCGUAACAAUAAACCCAGUUUUCUUAUAUUUAAUCCUUGUUUGUCUACUUUAUGUUACUUCCGUCGAGCCGGGUUGUAACAUAUUGGGGACUGGUCCGGGAUCAAUCUGGAUGAGUUAUUUUUUUUUUCUAUUUUUCCCCUAGACAGAGUAACCCGGUAUGCUUUGGUGGUGUUUGGUAGGGUGGCUGUGAGCAGCUUCUUGUCAUGGUGAGUAUGGUGAGCAUUGAAUCUGAGUGCUAUGAUUUUAAGUUGUGAGUGAUCUCCCUGGUUAGUUAGGGAGUGUGCCAGCUGGGCAGAGCAAUCUGUCCUUCCAUCGGUGCACUAUUUGUUAUAUUUAUUUAUUUAUUUGGUUUUUUUCGAGGUAAUCCUGGGUGGAGACUUGUUCUCUGGUGGGGGCGAGCAUUUCAGGGCCUUGGUCACAUGGCUGAGGUUAACUGAGCUUUGCUUUAAAGAGGCCUCGAGCCCGGCACGCCUCAGAAGACAGUUAGGGUUAGUUUGAAGUUAGGCAGGUACCAGGGGGCUUGCUUAGAUGAUCAUUUGCACUCGGAGGCUUGCUCACUGUGCUCAGCAGUGAUUGAUUUGUAAAGUUAUUUGAGUUAGUGACUGCUUUAUGGGGACAGUUGUGGUAACAUGUCCAGGGUCCUAACUUUGUUUUGUAUAGCUUGUGGAUUUGUCAGGUGCGGUGUGUGUGGUGUCUAGCUUGACUUGGUGGGCUAGUUCUCCCGGAGGUUGUUGUUGCCUUGGUCUUGAUUACCAGCAGGGUCCAUUUUGGUAAUGGGUUUUUAUGGGUAAUAUUUUGUGCUACUUAGUAGCUAGAUGGGAGUUACUAGGCCAUGAUCUCUGUGAUCAUGGGUUCAAGAAUCAUUUAGUAGAGAGAAUUUGUGAUAAGCUGUAGUGUUGGAUGAGGUGUGUACUGGGCGUAUUGGUUUAAGUUUAAACCUUGGGUAACGGCGAUUGGUGUAUUUUGGUUAUGUUUGGUUACUGAAGUUAUCUAGUAUGGAGGCUAUCGAUGACUUUAUUAGUGCACCCUCGGAGGAGUUGCUUUGUCAGCUCACUAAAGGACAGCUCCUUAGCCUUGCCAGCCAUUAUGACAUUGAGAUUGCCAGUGGUGAUAAACGUCUUAAAGAUAAUUUAAGAGAAGCACUUAAGGCUAGCCUAGCAGAAGGAGGCGUCCUAAAGCCGUCUGCUUUACCAGCAUAUCAGCAUCAACUUGAUCUUCCUCAAAUGUCAGAUGCUGUGCUGGAGUUCAGGUUGAAGGAGUUGGCGUUUCGAGAAUUAGAACUAGAGGAUAAAGAAAAAGAGCGUAUCCUUAGGGAAAGACAAAUGCACCUAGAACAUGAGCGUUUCCUAAAAGAGCUUGAAUUUAAGCAUGCUGCUUUGAGCUCAUCCAGUUCUGCCUCGGCUCAGUUUAAUGUAGCGAGCAACAUCAGACUAGUACCUCCAUUUGCUGAGAAAAAUGUUGAGAGGUAUUUCGCUCAUUUUGAACGAGUGGCUACUGUGUCAGACUGGCCAAUACAUGCCUGGACAUCGCUUUUGCAAAGCGUUCUGGUGGGAAAAGCACAAGACGCUUACACUGCUUUAAACCUUGAGGAUAUCAAGGACUAUGAAAAAGUUAAAGGUGCUAUUCUAAGAACUUAUGAGCUCGUUCCUGAGGCGUACCGCCAGCGUUUUAGAGGCCUCAGUAAGCUGGAUGAACAAACUUAUGUUGACUUUGCAAGAGAAAAGGAGAUCAGUUUUAGCUCUUGGUGCAAGUCACAGAAGGCGGAAACAAGGAGCAGAUCUGCACAUAACACCGAUCCAAAAUUGAAAUCCUGGCGUUACCCAUGCCAGUCACUGGCCCGUUCGGAAAAAAAAAAUCCGAACGUCAUCUCGUUUAAGUUCCACUUAGUUUAUGUCCAAUAAAGUCCGUGAAUGUACACAUGUCAGCUGUCUAUUACUACAUCUUACAGAAACAAACUACACCGAUGGCAUAUAGAAGAGUUUAAACACUCACCGAAGCACCAUUGUUGGACAUGGCUAGUCACUGUGCUAGCUGACAAGUCAAAGCUGCAUUGGUGUCGGUCACUCCCGCUCGCUCUCGUUGCUUGACGCACGCUCCCGAUCUUGAAUCUGGAAUCGAUUGCUCCUCCUUGGAUCCCCGGAUGUUGCAGUUGAAUUUUUUGAGGUUGAAUUUUUUGCGGUUGAACUUUAAACGUUGAAAAACAUUCAAAUACAUAAUUUCCAUGCAUAAAUAUUCAGUGCCAGAAAUUCAAUGUCUUUUUUGUUUCAAAUCCCGAUGACACAGAUUUACUUCCAUAUGCAUCUACUUAUUGAUUUAAUCGACAGAAACGCUGCAGUGCUUUUAUUUUGAAAUAGGUAGUCUACAGGAAGUGUUGCAAAUAUUUGUGUUUGUGAUGUU